AAAAUCUCUGCUAUGGAAUCCCUUCAUUAUUGAUUAACCAGAAGAGGACACUACUUAUCUGGUUAUCUGAUAAGAAAGCCAUAAACCCAAGUGAAAGCUUGUAAUAACAAAUAGGAUUGUAUAUUCAUAAGAAGUAGAAGAUGUUCUGUGAUUUUAUAUACUAACAGCCCCCAUACAUAUGUGACAGGAUUUUGGGGAUGUCCAUCUGCAUCCUUUGGGUCCUUUUAUUCUGGUUACCUCUCCACGCUCGGCUGACUGAUCCUGAGCCUCCUUCUGAGGGGCUGGAGUAAAUGUCCGCAGAAGUGCUAAUUUUCCACCCAACGGGGAAUCCGGGGUAUAGAGUUUUAAAAAGUUUUUAGGGAUUUACAGUAUCAUCUCAGGAACUGCUCAAGUCCACAUCUAUACCCCACACGGGUUAAGUUGUUUAGUACUAUAUAUUAUCUGCCAAAGUCUACAGCAGGUACUAUUUUUGAGGUGACAACUACUACCUACUGUGUGCAGGGUGUAUAGAUCAGUUUGUGACACCAGGGCACUGUUAAUCUACGCGGUACAAAGUUGAGAUAGCUUCUCCUGGGCCAGGCACGGGGUAAUGAAUACAACCAUGCAAGGUUACAGAUAACUGCCUUUACUUUGCUGGAGGUAGCAGAUCUCAAACAAUACAGUCCCUUGUGCAAAGGGAUGGGCAGAGUAGAACACGGGGAACCUGUCGCUUUGCUGGGAGUUGUAGUUGUUGUUGAACAAGGCUUUAAAAAUAUAAGCAGCACACGCUGAUUUGAAAGACUUGACUGACUGACUAAGGAGACUUUUACAUUCACCAUUCCUUACUCCUAUUACACUCUCCAACGCGUUCUCAUAACUAAACUCUCCUCCCCCUCUACACUAUAUAAGGGCAAGGUUUGGGUGACCCGCAUUGGGGUGUCAGGGUCACCUGGUCACUCUGCCACGAUCCCUUAAAGAGUUGGACAGUCCACACAAUGGUCACAGACACUGGAAUAUACAGAAACUCUUUGGAAAACUAUGUUUCCUGGGAUAAAGACUCCACCCGGAGCAACAACCGAGAUAAAUAGAGAGAGGGACUGGGGUCCAAGAAUCAGAGCAGAAGAUCCACCACAGCAGACAGCGCCCCCAGCAGGAGGAGCAGAAUGGACCGUACAAUAUACCUGAUACUUGUGACUUUCCUGGUGUCCUUUUGCUCUUCGGCCAUUCUACCAGAUGAGUAUUUGUCCCAUGUUGAUAUUCAGGAAGGAUCUAGGGAUGAAGAGCUCGACCUUGAGGCCAGAGGGAGAUGUCCUGGAAGAAGGAAUCGGCGCCUGCCAACCUCUAUGAUAGUGGACACCAGUUUCAUUGACACCAGUUACCUGGAUAGUUUGGUGGAGAUGGAGGACGUUCAUACCCGCUCUCUAUCACCCUGGGACUACCGCCUCAACACAGAUCCCAACAGAUUCCCCUUUGUGAUCUCCGAGGCCGAUUGUGUCACUUUUGCUUGUGUAGACGCUGAUGGCAACGAGAAUCCAGACCUGAUCUCCUCCCCCGUCCAGCAGGAGAUGAUGGUCCUACGACGGGAGCAGAAAAGCUGCAGCUUCUCCUAUAGACUGGAGACUGUGGUGGUCACAGUGGGCUGCACAUGUGUCAGCCCUAUGGUCAGCUAUUACUGAAUAUGAGGAAAUAUAUAUGGAUUGACUUUUAUGUUUUGGGGGGUGUUUUUUUCCGUUAUAUAUUUAAGCAACAAGUAAGAAAGUAAACUAAGCCUAAAUUUUUGUCUAUAUUAUUAUUAUAAUUAUUUAUAUAACAUAAUUUAUAAACAUAAGCUUUUAUCAACUUUUGGAUCUUUUUCCUUAUGUUUAAGCAAUAAAUAUUAAU